AUAUCCAUCAUAUGACGGGUGUUUCUUUGCCAGCCAUUUUGACUUCGGUACUGGUGAGAUAUCUUGGGGUUAACUUCGUGGAAGUACACUGAUCUCGAAUCAUUUCAAAUUAUAUUCUUAAUCGGAUAAUUCAUUCAAAAAAUUUUAAAAAAUGGCUGACGAUGCACCGAUUUACGGUCCAUUUUUUGGAACGAUGGGAGCCGCUGCAGCGAUGAUCUUUAGCGCUCUUGGAGCAGCCUAUGGGACAGCUAAAAGUGGAACUGGAAUUGCAGCUAUGUCCAUAAUGAGGCCAGAAUUAAUCAUGAAGUCAAUUAUUCCUGUAGUUAUGGCUGGUAUAAUUGCUAUUUAUGGAUUAGUCGUUGCUGUUUUAAUAGCAAAUAAUAUUAGUUCGUCAACUGAUGGAUAUAAAUUGUAUAAGGGAUUCUUACAUUUUGGAGCUGGUCUCAGUGUAGGUUUGAGUGGUUUGGCGGCAGGUUUUGCCAUAGGGGUAGUAGGAGAUGCUGGUGUAAGAGGAACAGCACAGCAGCCAAGACUGUUUGUUGGCAUGAUCCUUAUCCUCAUCUUUGCUGAAGUACUUGGAUUGUAUGGGCUGAUUGUUGCCCUUAUACUUACCACUAAGCUUUAAACUGUGAGACUAAAGUGUACAUGGGCAGAUUCUUUAGCCAAACAGUGGUUAUUUAUAUUGACUGCACAUGAGUUUCAACUGAGAGUUGUAUGCUUUGUUUCUGUUAUUCCCCUUUUAUCACCUCUGAUUAAAAAUAAAUUAAGCAUGGAUAUCAUAUCUCUUAAUUCUACAGUUUUAAGGUACAUUAAGAUCUUUUAAUCGUAAGAUUUUUUGGGGGGGGAAAGAAGUAGAGUAUAAAGAAUUUAAGCUGAUAUAUAUAUAUUUCUGACCCGUUUUUAUUAGCACAGUUUCUUUUAAAAAUGAAUUUCAUUUUGUUUUUUCAUUUUAUAGUUUUAAACAUGGUUAUAUUUUUAAUCACUUGUAAAUGUCACUUUCAUCCCUAAAUGUCUGAGGUAGAUAUCCCUGCUUAAUUAUAAAACAUUCAUAGCCUUUCAUGUUGUCUGAUUUUCUCUUUGUCUGCCCUUGUAAAAGUUACCUCAAAUUUAUUUCUACCCCAAUAUGUUAAAUGUGAUGUUGUAAUGUGGCUUAAAAUUUAUGAUAAAGAGUGUCCUUGCACAUUCUAAAUGUUUUAAGUGAUUGUCUCAUUAAGUUAUAUGCAUGUAAUAGAAGCUGUGAAUGGAUUUUUUUCUGAAGUGCUCAUUUUAGUUUGAGGAAAGAAUUGCAUAUCAUUUUCAAUUUCUCCUUUGUAAUGUUUUUUUUUUUUUUUUUUUUUUUUUUUUUUUUUUUUUUUCAAGUACUUAAAAAAAUAUUUUCUAGAUCUGCAUACUUUAAAAUUAUUUUUAUAGUGUGUCUUAAAGUACCAACAAAUUAAAGAUUAAUUAAAUUUUGUUUAGUAGUACAGGUCUGGAAUUUGGAUUUUAACUAACAAAUUUUAUUUGGAAAAAUUUACUUUAGAGAAAAUGAACUGCUGUAUCAUAUUCUUAUAAUUGUAGAUAUUUGUCAGGCCAGGUAAUAUUUGUUUGACUUUUGUAUUCAGAAUAUUAAUUUCUUCAGAAUGUGAUGAAAAAUUUGAAUAAGCUAACAACAAAGUGACUGUAGUGAUGUCACUCUUUAAAGAGCUUAAUUCAUUUUCCUCAUCACAGGCUAUCAUUGCCAAAGACAUUUGUUAUGCAGCUUUUGUUAAAUAUUUCAAAGGGUUGUUAUAGAUUUAUAAUGUACAUAUAAGAUAUUUAUUUGCUCCAAAGUGCACUUGUGCAAAUUUCAGUAGUCUAUUUAAUUUUGUGUGCAUUUCAUUAUAAGUUCUGCAUGUGUAAUUUUUUAAUCACAGUGUAAAAGUUAUAUUAAAAUUAUAAAUGUUCAAGUACAAGCUUUGUUAGAAUGUUAUUUCUUAAGUAUGUAUACAUUCCAUGUGUUUGUAAUAUGUAUUUAGUGAUAUGCAAGUAUGUAUGGAAAUAAACUGAAAAUUCUAACCCUGCUUUAUUAUUAUUUCUAACUGUGUAUCAUUAGUGUUCAUACUGUUUGUACUAAUCUUCUAAAUUUUGUCAGAAUUCUAAAAUUGAUGCUUUUAUUACAAACUGUAAAUUUUCUCAACUGUUUUCCAAAAAUGUAUAUUUCAUAUCUUAAAUUAAUUUUUGUCUGCAAGUGUUGAACUGUGUCCUUCAAGUAUAAUAGAAUUGUUAUAUGAGGUUAGAUACUAUUCAAUGAUUAGAAAUGCAAAAUCUACAUUUGUAGGGUGUAGUUAAUCCCAAAAAAUCUCAUUGUUAUACUGAUUUAGAUGUAUAGAUGCUUCCAAAUCAUUUUGGGAGGAGGCAUAUUCAGAAAUUGUGAAAUGUUAUUUGAAAUCAGUUGUUCAUUCAGCAUUUUGCAAAUAAACAAAUCAUGAAAUUAUGUGUUUUUACUUCAGAAAAACCUCAUUUCCAUUAAGCUAACAUAUGAUAUAUUAUGGAUGUGAAGUUCCAUUGUAGGAUGUUGAACAUUAAGCAUGUGUAAAUAAAAGAUGAACAAACUUA